UAUAUUGAUUAACAUUCCAUCAUUUCUGACUUUCAGACUUUCUCUCAACUAUGAAAGCUUGAGCUUUAAUUUAUCUAUGUUUUAGCUGCUUACAUUAUUCAAUUGCAGUUUUUCUAAGUGCCCAUGGUGUACGCUAUGCUCAACUAGGAAGUAAUAUAAUAAAUAGUAAUAUCAGCAAGACCUUCUGAUUCUCAGGGCAAAAUAUAUCUGGGCAUUUCUUAUUGAUAUCUUAUUUUAAAUUACCCGACUAAUGCACAUCAUUAAUUUGUCGGUCGUUGUAUUGAAAUAGGAUACCUUUUUCUGUUAUAUGCUUAGCAUAUAUUAAUGUAAUUCUGUUUUCUAUCCAUCUCUGUCAAAAAUAUUCCACUUAGAUUUCAAUGCCAGAUGUCCUAACAAGCAAAUAUAGAUUUACUAAACAUCAAUUAGAACAUUUUACUAAACUGUUUCUAGGGAAACAGAAGUUUAAUAUUACCUCCGUCCCAAAUAACUUGUCUUAGAUUUAUCUAGAUAUGGAUGUAUCGAACACUAAAACGUGUCUAGAUACAUCCGUAUCUAGACAAAUCUAAGACAAGCUUUUUGGGACAGAGGGAGUAUUAACUAAGUGACUUAAGUCAUAAACAUCUGUGGUUCAGUUCUUAUGUCUAGUAAACGGAAUCAGUGUGAAACAUUUAAUUAAGGUUGAGGGCUAGUUCUUUUGGGGCUUAUGGCUGGCUGUGGAAAUAAGCUGCCCCUUCCCCAGCUUAUUCUAGAAGCCCAACCUAAAAUUUUAUUUUAGAAGCCUAGUAUUGGUUAACCCCAAAGCUUGUUUGCAAUAAGGUACUCAAUAAAUCAUACGUUUACGGCUUUAUGCACCAUUUUGGUUCACUGAAGCCAUGCAUUAUUUAUAUUUACUUUACAACCUGCAUUUUCAAAAAGCAAGAGGCAUGUAAAUGAGUAUAAUUAUAUUAUGUUUUUUCAUCAGGAUAAUUCUUCUGCAACGGUGUUGCAUAAAGAUGGGAAUUCUGAUUCGGAACUGGAUGCAGAACUUAAUUUUUUGAGAAAAAAACUGGCAGACGCUAACACGGAAUCUGAAGAACUUAGAAGAGAAAGUACUUCCUUGGAAAGGCAAGCUACAUACAAAAGUAACCUUAAUUCCUCUAUAACUGAAGUACUGAAGUUGUAUGAAGACAAAUCUGUUAAGGAGAAUAUUCAAGGUAUUGUGAAGGCAAUACCGAAGUUGCACCAGAAAAUGAAGGUUAUGAGAAGGAAAAAGGUUGAGGUUGAGGCCAUGGUGGGUCAAAAUGUUUGGAACGUCGAUUGUCUUAGAGACCAGAAGCGUUUAGCACCGGGUUCUAGUCCUAGCACCGAGGACAUUCAAGAGGUGAACACGGCCGUGAAAGGCUUGCGGAAGGAGUAACUUGUGUUGUGGGUGUUUGCAAUAUGAGGAUGUCGACCACUCCUUGCACUGCCAGGUCCGCUGUAAUCUUUGUCAAGCUACCCUCUCGCUAGCUACCUGAACUGCAGUUUUAUCAGAAGACCUGCAUGUACAUGUAUGCAUACAUGAUCAGCAGAGUCAUAAAUAUAGGCAAUACUUGUUUGAUAGCAAGACUGUCUUGUUAUAGGUGCAUCAAUGAAAAAUAGAGCAUAUACUAAGGGAGGGGCCCCGGCGUAUUCUAACUUGUAUAAUCAGCAGAAGCUACAACUGCAACCAAUUGACCCAGCAGGAGUUGAGCACACGAAGGCCAAGCUUGCGUCCAGCUCUUUCUUCAGCAACAGACCGCUUGUUCCUCUAUAACUUCAACUGGGUAAUACCAUGGUGCUUGCGCUUACCAUCGACAAUACCCUUGGGGACUGGCUUCUUCCUGCCACAGAUACGGCAGGCCUCCAGAAUUCUGCAAGACCACUAUAGGGUUACUAACACUGUUGAACACAGACUUUUUGUUGUAAAAAAUAAUAAUUCCAAUGCUCAUUUGAGCUGGGCUUUCUUUGUGGUUCAACCAUUGUGGCGUUUUGCGCUGCUGCAGAUUCA